AUGGAUAUCGAAACACGGCACAGUGAGCUGCGGCAACGGUUGGAUUGUCUCGGUUUCGGGCAUCCACUUCCGUUGAGUGCGAUCGGGAUCGUGUCGGCAAUCCUGGACGAUCUCAUCCAGACCGCCGAGAAGCUAAAGUCAGCCAACCAGCAGAUCGAACAACUUUAUCAGGAAAAAGCGGCCUGGGAGCUCGGUGUCGAGCCGUACAAGUGUGACAAUUCGCGGCUGCUGGCCGAAUGUAACGAGCUGCAUUUGGAGCUGAUCAAGCAACAGGACAAGAACAUCCUGGCGAACACGGAACUGCGGUCGCGGGUUCGUACGCUGCAGGCGGAGAAGAAGCAGUUGGAAGAGAAAUGCCACCUCUCGGAGAGCCGGGUCCGUGAGCUGCAGGCUAACAGCGGUAGCGACAGCGUAAAAUCGCGCAAGGACAGUGUUAAUAAGCAACGCAAGCCGUUCAUAUCGACGGUGAGGGCCGGCGCUACCUACCAACCGGGGAGUUGUUGUGAGCUGCAGCAAAAAGCAUCGCAGCCCGGACAACCUGCGGGCGAAAUGCGGUGCCGCUGUCCGUGUAAUCAAGUGAAGCAAGUGGACGCGCUGCACGAAGUGGAACGGUUGCGGGUCGAAACGCAAAACCAGCAAGGAGUCAUCGAUGCGCUCCAGCACCAGAUUGACUUCCGUGACCGUGAAAUCCAUCGACUGAGCGCACUGUUUGCGGGUGGCCGGCCGGCGGCCGCACUGGCCAAGGACUGUUGCUAUCGCGGAGUCGAUGUGCUCGGCCAAGAUGUGGACGCGUUGCAGCAGGAGAAACUUUCACUACAACAGAAGCUCGACGACGCGGCGGCGGCUCACGAGCGGAUGGCCCGGAAGUUGAGCAAAAUGUCAGAAACGAACCAACGGCUCGAGAAGGAGCUGCGCGAAAUGGAAAACGUAGCGCUGAAGGUGGAAUCGGAAGCGAACCUUAACAUCCUGGCGGAGAACCGUAAGAGCUCGGAUUUGCAAAUCAAACUGCAGCAGUCACAGUUGCGCGUGAACGAUCUCGAAGCGCUGCUGGCAGUGCAGUACACGACGCAACGCCAGACCACUAGCCAGACACCGUUUGGCCAGCCGGACAGUUCGGCCACCUCUUCUUCGUGUCCGAGCGUGGCGGUGCUGGAUGUGGCACUACAGAAUGCCCUCAAACAGGCGACCGAAGAGAAGCGCCAGUUGUACAAACAGUUGAACGAGCUGCGGGAUCGCGAACACGGGCUGCUGGCCGAUUACGAGAAGCUGAAGAGCAAGUACGCCAAACUGAAGCAAAAGUAUGCCGUCCAAGAUUUGGCUCACAAAACGGGCCUGACGGCGGUGGCAAGCGUCGAGAGUCAGGCCGAGAUUCAAUCGUGGAAGGACCAGUGCGGGGCGCUGGAAUCGAAACUGCGCAAGGUAAAGGCAGAACGCGAUAGCCACAGUUCGGAAGCCGAUCGUCAGGUGCGCCUGGUGCGGGACCUGAAGCGUGAGAGCGUCGAAAAGGAUCACGAGUUGGCGCAGUUGAAAAGCGAGCUAGAGCUGCAGCGUAAAUUGUCCCGGCCUCCGACGAAAAGUGGGCCCAGCAGGUUACGCACGGCCGACUCUGCCGCUUCCGGUCAGUCAUCGCUCUCCAUCCAGGCGGCCAUUCAUCGGGUCGAGCGAGAACGUGAUGAGGCCAAGUAUGAGGUGCAACGCCUGACGCAGGAACGGGAUGCGGUGCGGGAAAAGCUAAAACUGGCCACCCGCAGCCAGCAGGAGGAACUGGCUAAGCACGAGGAGCUCAUCGUUGGGCAGACGGCCCAGAUAGCGAAGCUGGAAUCGGAACGGCGCGAUCUGAUGCUCGGACGAUCUUCUUCCAAGUCGCAGGUUCAGUUGUUGAACGAAGAAAACCGGGAGCUACAGGAGCGUUUGAAGGAGGUCACAGCAUCCCACAGCAAGCUGAAGGUCUCGUACUCUCAACUGAAGAUCCUUCAGGAGCAAACGGAACGAUCGCUGACGGAACACCAGAGUCGCCUGAUGUCCUCCGAAACGCAGCUGGGCUCGACGGAGGCCAAGCUUCACCGAGUGGACAGCGCUGUGGAGGAUGUGCAGAACGAGCUGGGGAACCUGCGGAGUGAGCUAAGCGUGCUGAGGGCAUCGAACAGUGCUCUGGAGCGUGAAAAGGACAAACUUUUGAUCGAAUUGGACAAGAAAACGGAAAAGUUGUUCGUGGUCGAGCAGGAACUGUCGUCGCUGAAAUCGAAACGAACCGAGCUGCAGUCGACGAUCGGUCGGAUGCAGCACAAACUCGACACCGUUAGCACCGACAUCAUCCACAAGGAGAGUUCGCUGCGGAGCGUGGCAACCGAAACGGACACACUGAAAAUGAAAAUGGCGACAUUGCAGCGAAGCAACGACAACGCCGCAACGGAGAAUGGGCGCCUGUCGAACGAGUUAACUGACGCCAUCGCCGAGCUGGCGCUAACGAAGCGGAAGCUCAAGGACUCCCAGCAGGAGGUGGACGGUAUGAAGACGCAGUUGCGGGAAUAUGUUCAGGAAAUACGGCGUGCCGAGGAGCUGCUGCUAGUUAAGGAACGUGAGCGGGAGGAAAUUCUGAAACAGUACAAAUCACUGUCGGAGGGCGCCAACACGCUGGAGGCUAGCAAUCAGACACUGGAAAUGGAAAGCUCCGAAGCCAAAAAACUGCUGCAGGAAGCGGAAGACCACAUCGGUACCCUGGAAGAUCUGAUGGCACAGCGCGAGCAGGACAUUCGCGAGUGCGAGCGGCAGAUAAACAUGCUGUCUGCCAAACUGGCUGCAGCCGAGUCGGAGGUUGAUGCACUGCGGGAAGACAACCGUGCCUUGUCACUGGACCUGGAGGCCAACAAGGAGCUGUGCCAAAAGCUCGACCUCCAGAAGGACAAACUGAACGAGGAGCUGCAGGAACACUCCAACAUCCGUGAGCAGCUGGAACGUGAGAAGCAAACGAUGCUCAAGGAGCUGUCGCUUGCACGUACCGGUGAUCGGGCGGCGGUCGGUGGGCUGCAAGAGCUGCUGACGGCAAGCAGAGCGGAAGUUGAACAGCAACGCGUCGUGCUGGUGCAGCGAACCCAGGAGAAGGAUAGGCUGGCGUCGGAAAAUGUUCUUCUGCAGGAACGGUUGGCGGAAGAGCAGGAAACAGCUCGUCGCAGUGAAGCGCUGGCCAGCGAGUAUAGUGUUCAGCUGCAGGAACUGAGACGGAAGCUAACGGAUGAACGAUUCGCACUUGCUCGAUCGCGUGCCGCCGACGAUCAUGAGGUGGAGGAUGAUGACGAUGACACGACCAGGUACUCCACGAUGUAGUUUAGCUGUUU